AUGAACAUUGAUGCUCUCCCUUCUCCUAUGGACCAUAGCAUAAUAUAUAUGGGUGCUUUUAACGCUCGGCAUUCUGCUUUAGGUGGACGUUCUAAUACUGUCAGCUACAGUGGCACACAAGUUACGAAGUUCAUACAGCACAACCACCUAACUCGCUGGGAUACAGGAGGUGCCACGCAUUCUGGAGGAGGCACCUUUGACCACAUACUUACCUAUGGAUGCAGCAUCUCAGUGCAUUCAUCUGCCUAUCAGCGCACCUGUAUCAGUGUCCCUCCAAAGUACUGCUCUAACUAUAUUUCCUACAUAACUGGUCUCUUCUUCAAGCUUGAUCUCGGUUCUCCUGAGAAGUUAUACUCGUCUCUUGUAUCUUUAACGCAUGAAUUUUAUAACCACUAUGUUCGCAGACCAAACAUUAAGCGCCAGUUUGGAGCUCAUGAUGGACACUUGACAGACGCAUCAAGGCAGCAGAGAGACAGCCUUGUCUAUCAGAGGGAUCCAACUCCAGACAACCUGAAGCAAUACCAGACGUCCAGCAGUACCUUUGUUGCCUUACAACAAUGUGUUCAUCGUGAUGCCUGGCAUGAUUUCACGAAUACCAUCAAUCAUCAGACCAGUGUGGGGUCCAUGUGGCGACUUAUCAGGAAGGCUUUAAAGAAAAAGACCCCAAGUGCACUCCAUCACAGUCUAGUUCAGUAUGCACAAGAUCUUGUUAAGGCCUGGUCGCAGCAAGCCAGUGUUCAAAGCCUUCCUUCAUAUGUACAAGAGGUGCUCUCCUCUCAGAAAAUUCGCCGUGCUCUACGCCUGUCAGCAGCCCUGCUAAAGAAAGAUGAGGAGGAAGACAUUCCAAUAACAAAGGAUGAACUUUGCUAUGCUCUUGUUAGGCGUAAGGCAACAGCUCCAGGUGAUGAUGGGAUCACAUACUCUGCCUUACGCCUCCUCCUGAAAGUCCCUGGUGAUCCCCUCUUACAGCUUUACAACCUCUGCCUCAGACAUGGAUAUGUGCCACAAGACUGGACAAAGAGGCUAAUUGUACCUGUUCCUAAGCAUGGCACUGACAAGUUUAUACCAAUAUCCCUUACAUCUUGUUUCUGUAAAGUGCUGGAACGGGUCCUCCUGAAUCGCCUUAUGUAUCGCCUUCAGGAUAAACUCUCACCCAGUUUAUAUGGUUUCUUGCCACAGUGCAGCACACACCACUGUCUAUUGGAGCUAUACACCCGCCUCUCCUCUACAAGUCUUGUGGCAUUCGUGGACCUGAAAAGCGCCUUUGACAUUGCAAAUCCAGAUGUGAUCCUCGACCAACUUGUGGACUUUGGUAUUUGUGGAAACCUAUUGCGAUGGAUACGAGGAUACCUAAGCAAUAGAUCACCCUAUGUCCUCUUUGAGGGUGCCUGCAGCACACCCAAGUGCUUUGGUCUUGGGACUCCACAGGGAGGAGUCCUUAGUCCAUUUCUUUUCAAUAUCCUUAUGCACCGCCUCAUCUCCAAGCUCCCUGACAUCCCAGGGACAACAAUAACAUGCUAUGCUGAUGACAUCUCACUCCAACUCCCCAGAAGAUUUGCAGCGGAGGAUCCAUGCUUCAGCUCGUCAGCCAACCCUCCAGCACAGGAACGACGAGCGGCCAGCGAGCAUCCAGCACUACGACCACUUCGCAUCUCGCCUUACAAGGACCGACGCCGCGGUCUGCAGGUCAGAAGACAUGAUGUGGUGGCUGCCCGGCUCCGGUUAGGCUCCAGACCCGUGUGGCAGGUGGGCGAGUCUGAGGACGUGCCCCAGUAUUCAUCAAGCAAGUUGUGCGACGCACACAAUGCCAGCCACCUACAGCAUUACUGCCUCGAUUGUCCGAAAGUGGCUGAUUUAAUACCAAACAGAGAUUCUGUCACAGAAAUUUCAAAUAGAUGA